UAUUUGAAAUGGCUGAGAGUGUUUGUGUUCUUACCAGUUAAAAAAGACACAUCUGCAAUUUUUAUCCUUGUUCCAUUUUAUAAUUUAGUUUUUUUACUAUUUGAAAAUUUACACCUAUGAUUAGUCUACUUUAAGGUCUGAACUAGCCCGUUUGGUUUUGAUGGGUUUUUUUUUUUUUGGAUGAAGUUUGAGUUUCUGCAGGUAGAUGGCACUAUUUCCAAAUGCUGUUUCCUCUUGCUCUGGCAUGUCACGCUGGCCAGAAAGUGGGACUGGCCUGUUUACUUUGUUACAGUCACAUAACGCAGUCUAAAGCUGUGCAGACAGGAUCUUUAGUUCCUGAAGAGAUGUCGUCCCAAGUCAGACUGAGGCUGCUGCCGAGGGCCAGAUGUUUGUUCGACGAGCCCGUUCAGGUGAAGGUGGCCGGGCUGAGGUCGAGGCAGGUGGUCACCCUGAGAGCCGGAUCAACAGAUGAGAAGGGAGUGCUGUUCAGAUCCUCGGCCACCUACAGGGCUGAUGAGACCGGGGCGAUCGACCUGGACAGAGACCCCUCACUCAGCGGGAGCUACGUCGGAGUUGAACCCAUGGGUCUGCUGUGGUCAAUGAAGGCAGACACUUUGCACAAAAGGUUUCAAAAAACGAAUUCACUAAACCCCCACGUGGUGAAGUUCUCUGUGCAUGAGGAGGAGAGCGAAGGAAGAAUUCUGGCAGAGGCGACUAACGAGAGGUGUCUGACCAGACAGGGGGUCAGCCGGCUCCCCGUCAAAGAGGGGAAUAUUCGUGGAGUCCUGUUCACUCCCCCGGGAGAAGGUCCGUUCCCUGCCGUGUUGGAUGUGUGCACCUUUAUGUGUGAGAAAAGAGCCAGUCUCCUGGCCAACAGAGGGUUUGUGGUUCUGGCUGUAGCGGUGUACAAUGAAGAGCCUGACAACGUCAAAAACAUCCAUCUGGACUACUUUGAAGAAGCAGUGGGUUUCUUACUAAGACAAACCAAGGUGGGCAGCAAAGGAGUUGGUGUAGUAUCUCGAUCAAAGGGAGGAGAUAUUGCUCUUUCCAUUGCUGCUUUUUUGCCGGGGGUUGAGGCCGCAGUGUGGAUUAACGGUUGCAACGGCAAUUUGGCCGUUCCUCUCUACUAUAAGAACUGCCAAAUCCUCUCACCGAUUCUGUUUGAUCAUAGCAAGGUCAUUCCCACUGAUUCGGGAGCCAGCAUAGUCAAGUAUGGUGCUAAAAAUCCCCUGGCCGAGGAGAACAAGGCCAGUCUGGUCCCCAUUGAACGAGCAAAGGGGCAUUUCCUCUUUGCAGCUGGAGAGGAAGACCUCCAGUGGGACAGCAAGGCUUACAUGGGCCAGAUGGUGGAUAGACUGAAGCGUCAUGGGAAGGAGAACUUUGAGAGUCUGAGUUACCCAAGAGCUGGACACUUACUGGAGCCACCUUAUGGACCCUACUGCCUCUCCAGCUUUCAUGGGGUUGUGGAUAUACCAGUCCUGUGGGGGGGUGAGCCCAGGUCCCACGCAGCAGCUGAAGUCCACCUGUGGAAGAAGAUCCAGGAGUUCUUGAGAACUCACCUGAGCUGUGAUGCUACACGGUCUAAAGCCAAGUUAUAGAUGCAAAUAGGAUGAUAGGAAAGACUUAGGAGGAGAUAAAUCCCGACAUCUUCGCUGACAAUUACAUAACUGUGGAUAAUUAUAUAUCAUGGAUUAAUGUUUUGUGAUGAAGUGAACGAUUUAGCUGAUAGAGCAUUUAAUAUUUCACACAUUAAAAGAUUACGACUGAACCUGAUGCAGGGUUUUUACAUUUAAAAGAGAUAUUGUUAAAAUAUUUUAAUGCAUUAAUAAGCACAAUCAGCCCAUGAGUCUGUGUUAUGAUUUAAAAGGAAAAUGUAAAAUACAAAUUUAAGAUGAAAAUGCCAGGUGCCAUUUAAAGAUUGCUAAAUUGUGAGACAGAAGCUGAUAAAAAUGCGAAAACAUCAAGUGGCUCUGUUGGAGAAGUGAUACAUUUUCCAACGGCAAUAACAUUUUUGGUAAAAGAGGUGUCUGAGUUUAAUGAAUAACAAAGCAUUCAAAUAAUUGAGCUUCUCUAGUGGAGAGGCUUGAAAAGGCUUACCUCCGAGGGAGCUGUUUAUAAUGGAAGUCUCAAAGUGCAGUGUGGGGUGCUUUCAGUGCCUUUUGCACGUCGUAGCGAAUUAAGCAGUUAUCUGACCGUUUGAGGAUUAGACCUACGUCUGCCCGUCAACAGAAAUGUGGUUUGAAGUCUUGACUCAGGGUGCAGCUCUGUGUUGUAUUUGUUUGUUGGUCAACUCCAGAUUAACUCUAACUAUAAAGUAGCAGUUGUUUUACUGAAUGCGGCUAGAAAGUGAUGGCCUUAUAUCUCCGUACAUGUUACUUCCCUUCCCGUCUCUGUGAACAUCCAGGCAUGUGUGGGUGUGUUUAUCUGAUUGGAUUAGGGCUGCAACUAGCAAUUAUUUUCAUGUAAUAGAUAUAUAGCAAUUUUUUUGUCACUCAAUCUGUUAGUCUACAGUGUAACGUGUCAGAAAAUUAUGAAUUGUGUGCAUAGAAAGUUUCUUUUUCAAAUUACUUUUGUCUGUUUUGUCUGACCAACAGUCCAAAAACAAAAGAUAUUCCAUUUAGAAUCAUAUACAAACAAAGAAAAGCAGCAAACCCAUGACUUAAAUGAUUAAUUGAACAAUUGAAAUAUUUAAAAUCAGAAAAGUGGUCAUUUUUCUGGCCAUUUUUCUUUUGCCCAUUCUCUGCCCCCCCCUCAAUUGUCUUUGUGUUCGGAGCCUGUCAGUCAUCGGUCUGGCCACUAGAGAGCGGUAUAAGCCUCGUUACCAAGGCCCCCACUGUGGUGCUCGGCACAGACGCGAUACCGCCGGCACCACUUUUUUUGGGGGGGGGCUUCACUGUCUGCUCUCAUUUCUCACACUGCUUUAGUUUCAUUUUGAGCACGAUAUGACUUUAAAAAAAAAAC